UACGUGCACCUCCCCGUCCUCCCCCCCUCCAUUGUGGCUGCCUGUCAAGGCCAAGUUCACGCUUUCGACUCUCAGGACCUCGUCGACGUCUACAUCCCAGAUGGCCCUGAGACUAUCAUCCUCACCUGUGAGCAGCAGCUGUGCCCCAAUCGGACACCCCGAUCGAUCGAGCAGGAUUACCCAUGGUACAAGGUGAUCAGAAGGGCCCAACAUCCGCUUGGCUCCCGUAGCACCCUCGCCUCCCGAUCCACCUCACGACAUUCUCGCCCUGUCUCCCCCAGCUCCUACCUCCCCCAAACUGUUGCCAGUCCAAGUCAAAUGCGAGGAGAUCUCCCUUCAGACCCUGCACCAGAGCUUGAGCCUGAGAAGGGUGCGGGUGAAGAAGGAGUCUCGGAGUCUGAGUCUGCGGAUUCUGCUCAGUCCACCUCACUGACAGUGCUUGCCUCCACGUCAGCAUCCAACCAGCAAAGGGCCACCACAGCCGCCUCCGCCCCCGCGCCGUCCUCUGUCCCUCCUGCCAUCGAUAAUGUCUUCCCCUGCGACUGCCCCUGA